UAUCCUGAUAGGCCAUACAAGUUUCUUCACCACCCUGGUGAAAUUGUAAUCCUACCAUUCAAGUACAUGGACGCAAUCAAGAAUGCACCAGAGGGCAAAUUGAGCUUUCAGCAGGGAUCGUUCGAUAUGCUUAUGGGUGAACAUACGGGCAUUACAGGAAAUGACCUGGAGAUGGCAACACUGAUCCGAAGGGAUGUGGGACGCUUGCUGGACCGUGUGUACACAAUCGUGGACGAUGAAGCAAUGGAUGCCUUGAAGAACGAGAUCGGUCCUUGUGAAGACUGGACAGAAGUCACGCUGCUGCCCAAGACUGUGCGCAUGAUUGUCAAGGUUUCCCAACGUGUCUUCGUUGGCGAGCCGCUCUGCCGUGAUGAGCGUUGGCUUGAAACUAUCCUCAACUGCACUGCUGCUUCUUUUGGAAGUGUCACCAAACUCUGGACAUACAACUGGCUGACUCGACCCUUUGUCGCCUGGCGCGAUCCUGGUCUUCGCUCAAUUCGCCAGUACAAAGAAGAAGCUCGCGAACUUAUCCGACCUGUUCUGGAUCAGCGCCUCAAGGAUUUGGAAGACCCCGACUUCAAGGCGCCCCCAGAUCUGAUCCAGCUGGUCAUUGACGGGUUCAAAAAUGGCAAAGGCCGAAAUCUUGAGACUCAAGUUGCUACCCAGAUUGGUACUGGUCGAGCUGCCCUCUUCACCACUGGCGUCACCGUCUUUCACCUUAUUUACGAUCUUGCGGCUCAUCCAGAAUAUAUCCAGCCUUUGCGCGAGGAGGUCAUUAAGCUGUGCGAUGUGCCGAUGAACCGGGUCAAUGUGGCCAAGUUGGUCAAAUUGGACAGUUUUAUCCGCGAGUGUCAGCGCUGGAGCAAGUUCUUGCUGAUUGGAACAAUGAGGAAAGUCAUCCAGCCGCUAACGUUGCCUGACGGUACCGUGCUGCCAGUCGGCACGUUACUGGCUGUUGAUACGCAGAACGCAGUCUUUAAUAACUCUACACUUGAAGAUUCCCACAAAUUUGAUGGGUUCAGGUUCGAAAAACUCCGCGCGCAAGAAGGCAAUGCGAUGAAAUUCCAGGCGGUCACUACCGGAGCGGACCAUCUUGUUUUUGGUUAUGGUUCACAGGCAUGUCCAGGGCGCUUCUUCGCUAUUCACGAAGCGAAGGUGGCGCUCGCACGUGUUCUUCUCAAUUACGACUUCAAGCUGAAGGAGAAGCCUGUGGACAGCCCAAUGGCGAGAGUGGUCGGAGUCCUGACGACCGCUGAUCCCUCUGUGAAGUUCUUGUUCAAGAGCAGGAAAUAG